AGAAAAAGGAACUGGUGACCCGAACGGCUUAACCCAUCAAAACCCUCCUUAAACCCGUUCCAAAUUUGCCUCUCUCAGACAGACAAAGCUUUCGCUGAGCGGAAGCACUGCUAGAGCUUCAUCGAUUGAUUCUACUGCAUUUCCUCUCUUCCAGAAAUUCAAAAAUUAUCUGGUGAGAACCGUAUUCUGAUGAAUUGCUUAUCGCACGCGACUUCAUAUUCUAAGGCUGUAUUUAGAGGGACUCGUAAUUUCAUUGUCAGGGGUAGUAGUUUUCGUCAUCAAGCUUAUUGUCCUCCUACAUGUAAAACAAACUUUUGGUAUCUGGGUGUUAAAUCUAUCGAUUUAGACUUUCUGCUGAAUCGAUUUCAUGUUAAAUGUUACUCUUCUAGUAGGAGCUCUACUGCCAAAACACCUCGAUCUCGUAAAUUAAAUACUCCGGCGAUGGAACAAGACAAAGAUGAGUUCUUUGUUGUGCGGAAAGGGGAUAUUGUUGGUGUUUACAAGAGCUUGGCUGAAUGUCAGGCCCAAGCUGGAUCUUCUAUAUGUCAUCCUCCUGUCAGUGUGUACAAAGGGUACUCUUUGCCUAAGGACACUGAGGAGUACCUCGUCUCUCAUGGGCUUAAGAAUGCUCUCUACACUAUCAGAGCUGCAGAUUUGACUGAGGGUCUUUUUGGCUCACUUGCUCCAUGUCCUUUUCAAGAACCUGCAUCCAAAAAGAGAUCUCAGGAUAUGAUUAAGGAAACACCCGGUUCAACAUCCGUUUCAAUUGAUCCCUUGGAAAAACAUGUCAAGUUGGACUAUGAUGUUGAGACCCGAGCAGCAUCCUCUGAUUUUCACUCUUGCAUUAUUGAAUUUGAUGGGGCAUCAAAGGGCAAUCCUGGACCAGCUGGUGCAGCAGCUGUGCUGCAAACCAAUGAUGGAAGUUUGAUCUGUAAAUUGCGUGAAGGUGCGGGCAUUUCAACUAAUAAUGUUGCUGAAUAUCGAGCCUUGAUUUUGGGGAUGAAGUAUGCUCUUCAAAAAGGUUAUACAAACAUACAAGUCCGAGGAGACUCUAAGCUUGUCUGUAUGCAGGUUUCGGGUUCAUGGAAGGCCAGAAACCAGAACAUGUCUGAUCUGUGUGCGGAGGCAAAGAAACUGAAGGAUAGAUUUCUUUCAUUCAAGAUAACUCAUGUUCCAAGGGGCCUGAACUCUGAGGCUGAUGCUCAAGCAAACUUGGCUGUUCAUCUUGGUGAUGGUGAAGUUGCAGAGGUUUUUGAGUAAUAGUUUAUCUGGUGGUGGACUGUUGAGAGUGAUUAAGGUGACCUCAUAUGAUUGAAAAAAUUAAAGCAGAAGGUGUCAUUGCUAUCAUGAAAUUAAUGAAUAUGGUAUUGAGAGAGAGUGGCAUCGUUCAAUCAUCUUUUGAUUUUGCAGAAGACUUGAAAAUGGAGGCCUUGGCUUGCACCAAUACCAACUGAAUUGAUCAUUAACUCAACUUGGGGAACACAAAAGAAUAAAAACUUAGUAUUUGUACUUUGACAUUCUUAGUAAUAUUAUUAUCACCACAAAUGCUAUAAUCUUAUUGCAGGCAUGUAUCACUGAGUUGAUUUUGAUUAUAAUUUGUUAUGGCAUUAUAGACUUUUAAUUCAUAAUAACAAUUAUUUGUUUCCA